AUGCUUGAUUUUCAAUCAAACUGUCUUCUGCUGAGCCUAACAACAAUACAUUACAUACGUCCAGACCUCAUUACCCACUAUUGCAACGACGAAAAAUAUUCAAAUUUUUCGAAAGCAUUAGAAAAUCAGCAACAAAAAUCCAAUCUCUCAAAAUUAUAUGCUCACUUGAUAUCAAAACGUUCCACUAGGAUAUCAAAUAACUACUCACGUGAAAAUACCAUGUUUAACUACGCUGAGGCACCAGUGACACCAAAACCACAUCACAAUGACCAAUGGUUGAAAAUACCACGACCAACAACAGACUUGUAUCAACAAACACUUUUCCACACAAACUAUUCGCAACCACAGAAACAAAAACAUCAGCAACAACAACUGCUACCACAACUACUACAGCGACGACGACAACAACGAACAACACGCGAUAAACAAUUCAAAAUGGUAGCGGAUGACAAUGUUCAGCAGCAAAUUUUUAACACUCAACUGAACAACGCUAAUAAUGUGGGAACAACAACAACGACUACAACAUCGAAUGCAACAUUCCCAUCGUCAUAUACCAUUACACCGGUCAUUUCACAAAUUCUUGCAACCCCAAUGAAAACAUCAGCAACAGCUGCCAGUAAUGCCAUUACCUCAACACGGUCCCCCUACAUGUUGUUAACAACGUCAGCAGUAACAGCUGUAACCUCAACAUUGGUCAAUAGCAGCAGGGUGGGCAGUGGUGCAGCCAUGAUUGCAUCAGCAGCAGCAUCACUACCACCGACGACACCAGCUUCUUCUUCCUACCCGCUAAACAUCAGCUAUGCAAUGACCUCGUCCAGUACAUCGUCGUCAUCAUCAUCAACACCCACAACUAUGUUACCCUCAACAGGAUCUGUGUUCUUUGAAGGUGAUCUCCUGCCCACGGUAUUUGUCAGUGGCAAUGGCAAUGGAAACAGCAGGAAUAACACAACCAGCGUAACGGGUAUGAUGGAGGACGAUGAUAAUUUGAAUUCGUUCUAUUUUUAUGAG